AUGCCGGGAUGCAACUGCGAUCAUUGCCGAUUGUUGGGUAACGUGACGCGACCGGUUCGUCGGGGGCCGCAAAACGGCCCGGUUGGCCGGAGGCCAGACGCAGGAAAGAAGGGCGACGCGAAGCGUCGACCAGCUGACCCAAUGUGCCCGGACGAGGAUGACCUCGAACAGCCGGAUGGAGCUUUAUCGAAUAAUGUUAGGGCUUCCAGGAUGGAAAGGGAUCUAGAGGGAGUGACUACAGUCCUCUUGGUUUCGGCACGUCCCGGAAAGUCUGUACCUCCAGUUGGAUUAUUGACAAAAACCGCACGAACGUUUGUGCAAGAUGGGGCAAGCACCGAAUUCGCCACUCAAGUUCUUGGUACAACUUUAGACAACGGUCGCCUCUACGCAAGAAUUCUAUCCACAUCCAGCAGAGUGUUCUAUGAUAAAGAGCCGACGCCAGAUCCAUCAAGUCCCUAUGUCGUUUAUCCAUCGAGAGCGGAAAACAAUUGGCGAUUUAAGGUAGCCCUCGAUAACGCACCGAUUAAAGCUAUCGAAGAAAUAAAAGUGCUGAGUGGUGAUAACGAUGCGGAAUCGAACGAUUCUGAGAGGCAGAGGAAAACUGCUAGUAUAAAACUGGACGAGUUGUCCAAAGAGAACGAUAUAUUUAAUAAAAGAGAGUUAAAUGUAGAUGCACAGAGAUUCAAACCGGCAAAGGUACGACCGGCCGACGAUUUGCCCACUUAUACUGUUAAACACGAGUACGUGACGAGCAGCUUCGAUUCGUUCGACGAUGCGCAGUCUAAGAGUUUCAGGCCGCGAGAACCGAAAAUCUUUAAACCGCAAGUUCCGAAGGCUCCGCCGCAAAGAAAAGCGGAGACGAAACCUUUUGCUACGGUGACCUAUCACGGUUUCGCGGACUUCACGACCACGGUCGGCGACACCGUCAUCAUCUUCUCGCCGAGCACGUCGCCGGCGCCCAUGGGACGCCCUGCUACUACUAUUAAAGGCGACGCUACGCUUCGUCCGGACGAUGGCGUGGCAGUGCUGAAGAUUCGUCCUACGACUGUGAUGGAACAUGCAAGAACCGAUCGACCUUACGAAGGAGAUCGAAAGCAUGCUUCGGACGAUCAGCUAUUGAGUGCAAUUAAUCGCGGUAAUAUUCAACCGAGUGUCACUGAGGAGACUGAAGCCGAAUCGUCCACGAUAUCCACGGAACCGUUACUACUGGUACCCGAUGUCGAAACGGGAUCAUUGAAGCCGACAGGUCUUCUAAAAGUCAUCGACUCUACUACUUCGUUGGACGGUACUACGACUCAUUACAAGAGCCUUAUUUAUGGCACGUAUAUUGGCACAAACUAUGCGCAAAUUAUUCACACGUCUUCAAAUGUAUAUUAUUUCCCGGAUGAAGCUACUGUAACAUAUGGAGGAACUGACGAUACCACGGUGGAUUAUGGUACAACCGGAACGGAGUCUGACGAGCAAGAUACCACUGUCGAGACACUGCCUUCUACUACACCGACGACCAACGAAGAAACACCGUUCGAAAUAAACGAAUUGACCACUCCGUUGAGAGGUACAACGGAUAGUGUCUUAACAACAUUGAAGGACAUUUUAGAAAGUGCGAGAAAAGUGCUAGGGACGACCGAAUCAAUACGACCGAUGUUAGAUUACGAACUUCCCAAUGAUAUAAUGUCAGGAGAGCCUCAGGGUCGUAGUAUUAAAGGUGGCUCUUCUCAGAAUAAUCAUCAGUCCGGCAAAGACAAGCCGCAUAGAUUUAAGUCGGAUAAUACAGAAGAGAAAGUAACGUUAGCUACUAAAUUACUACCAUCUACCGUCUACAAGACGUUCACAUAUUUCACGACUUUCUUUAUUCCGGACAAUGAUCAGACUACCACUUCUAUACGCUCUCGAGAAGUAGUCUCUUCCGAGAUAACCUUUUUGACGGAAUUAAUUGGACCUACCUCGACCGACAGUUCGAUUCAAUCUACUUUGUUACCAGAUACAAAAACACCAAGUUUAUCCGACGAAAUCGAAGAAGAGCAGACUACUAAACAAGACGAGGAAAUAGAACUCAUCUUUAAAACUUUGUAUACGACGUAUACGUAUCUAACAACAUUCUUCCAAGAAAAUACAUCAAGUGUAUCCAGUCGACAAGUCGUCGAGACUAACGUUAUCACGCAGACCAUUGGACCAAACGGCGUUUCCGCCAUUGUCGCCGGUCUCUUUGACAAAGACGAAUCCGUUUUGAUAUCACCGACAACAAUAUCGCAGCAUAUCUUCCCGUCCGUAACAAACGCUCAAAUUCCUGAGGAAUUUAACAAAGGUACCGAGCCUUAUAAAGUUUCUGACGAAACGACGGAAGAAAAUUUAACCACUUUCCAACAGCAGGAUACUACUGUACACGAGAACAUUCCAACGGAAUCUAUCACAACAGUGGAUGAUUUUGAGACAUCGGACGGAUGGAUCACUGAUUUAGAACCGAGUCCUACCCCGGCUAUAGCGAGUCAAGCGAUAAGAGAACAAGUGAAAACGUAUUACACUACUUAUACGUAUUUUACCACUAUCUUUGUGGACGAUGAAACGGAAAUCGAGACACGAACUGAAGUCUUCACUAAUAUCGUCACAGAGACUAUUACGCCCACAAACGUUCAACCGGUUCCACAACAAACGACUCAAUCAGCGACGCCAAAAUCUGAAUCUGCCGAGAAUAAGCCUGCAGUUCCUCCAGAGAUCUUGGCAUAUUUAGAGGCGCUUCAACGUCAAAAGUCUCAAGAAGAGGCGCUCUUAUUGGCAAAAAAAAUUCAACAAACCAAUACUGACGAAGCAACGCACGCCGAAGAAGUCACAACUCUGACCGAAAACAACACCGAGUCAACAACGGAACUGCUUACUACCUUGGAAGAUCGGUCCACUAAGCAUCUAAUCAACAAUUUCCAAGUAGGCGCGCAAGUAACACCCAAUCCUCCGGCUGAUAUGAAAGUUCUGGGCUCUAUGAUUACAGAUGUUGUGUCAUCUUCUAGCUCCGGUGGUGGCACCGUUCUGGAUGUGAUGGAUAAGAGAAAUGCCGUUCCUGAAGAUCAAGAACUGUCAGAGUCCAAUAAUCACGAAGUAGAGCCGGCACCGACGUUACUUCUACAGACUAGUUACACGACCUUCACGUAUUUCACGACAAUGUACAAAGGCGACCAAACGAAUGUCGCCAGCCGUCUAGAAACAGUUACGAAUGUCGUCACAGAGACUUUAAGGCCGUCUCUCGUAGUGCCGGUUCCGACCAGCACAUUGCCGGUGACGUACUUCACAACCUUUACUUAUUGGACGACAUUCUACAAGGGUGGCGAUACCAUAACCACUAGUCGCGAGGAAACGGUCAGCAACAUCGUCACACCAGGAGUUUCGCCUACGCCUACGGUGGAACUUGAUGUAAUAAUGACGUACACGCCAACCGUGAAUCCACUGUUGGAGGAGGAUUCUCUUGUUAACGAACAAGAAUCCAAAGUCACGGCGGAUAAUGAAGUUACGCCUUUAGGCAACACUGCUCCUGAAAAAUCAAUUACCGAGAACACAAACGUAUUGUCUAAAGAAAUUAUAACCAGCUCUAACAAUAAGAACGCCGUGAAUACUUCGUCAAUUUCGCCCGAACCUACGACUUUUUAUACUACAUUCACUUAUUUCACUACCUCCUACGUCGGAAAUCAGACGAUUCUAAAUAGCAGAUUGGAGACAGUAACCAGCGUAUCGACGCCGGAUAUUACAACGCAACAAGCGACCGGUCGCGCAAUUAACGGCCCUAUAUAUCCAUCGAUUCAAAUAUUAAACACCGAUGAAAAAACAAGCGUGACACCCUCCAAGGCAUCCGAUAAUCUCAAAACAGGUUUGAUCUCGACGAUACGUUCAAGUGAAGUACAUGAAGAUAUUACGACACAUUACACGACAGAUGUAUACGGUACUUAUGUAAAUGGACAUUACGCACGAAUAGUACAGAGUUCGACAAGAAUAGAAACACCGCCCUUACCUUCCUCCUCGAUAGCUACACCGGUUCUUCCUACGGGCGUUUUGUCUUUGAAUAAAGGAAGCGUAGUAGAUGUCGACGAGAUCACCACUGUUUACUUCACAACUAAGCAGAUUGGCACGCUUUUCAAGGGAACCUACGCCAAAGUAAUCGAGAGCGCAUCAAGCACCAAGAUAGAUGAAGAAAAAAAAGCGAGUAUUCCGCCGACUCAAGGUCACCGAACCGGCCUUGUGCGUUUGAUUCAGGGUCAAAUCGAAAAUGACGGAACAACUACAUUCUAUCAAUCGAAAGUUAUUGGUACUAGUAUCAAUGGUAGAUAUGCUCAAAUCAUCGAAAGUACUUCCAGCUUCUUUGCGUCAAAUCCCACGACAAAUAUUUCACCAACUUCUACUCUACCUCCGAGCCAGUCGACAGGUAUUCCAGAAAUUUUGCCUUCUCCUGCAGUUAUCCAGUCUUCCCUUUCAGAAGAUUCCACAACAGAAUCUCCGGACCACGACGAGGAUUCCAGCCAGAACGAAGAAGACGACGAAGACGACGAAGAAGGCGAAGAUGGACAAAGUUCUAAAAAGAAAUCACGAUUAACAUUCUCAACUAGAAAGAGAACGUUCACGCCAGUGAUCAGACCGUUCGCCUCCAGGAAUAGACCGACGUUUAAUCCGAAACGUAAAGGCGCGCAAGCUGCGACGACUAUCACCAGAACGGAUAUAACACCUACGAUAACCGCGACUUUGGCUGGCAAAAGUAACAGAUUCGCUUCGUCGCGAGGUCGCGUCACUUCGCCCAUCGGGCCAUAUUCCUCAACAUUGUCUCCGUCAGGUUCUAGACGAUUUUCUGCCAGACGGGGAACAGUUACUUCGAGCUCGGUAUUCCCAGCGAGCAGUACUCGCGCUAGAGGACAAACCAAAAUAACUCCGUCGUCUGUGUUUCAAAGUAACAGACGCGGACCAACGUCAAUAAGAGGAUCUUCCUCUAAACUCGCAACUCGCAUUUCGAGUUCUGUGUUUCCCGGCGCUUCCUCGAGAUAUAGACCCGGUAUUCGACCAUCGUCGACGUUAUUGAGAGGACAACCUACGGCUAAGCACGACGAUCAAGAGAACGAUGCUAAUGAAUUCACUACAACUACGCUCUUGACAGAUGAGACGCCAUUCACAGAGUAUUUUGAAGGCGAAACUGUUACUACACCUUUGCAGACUACGACAGAAUCAUCGAGAAGAUCUACGAAUCCGCUCUUGCGAUUCCGCAGGCCUAUUAAUUUAAACGGUAGAUCAGGAACUACUGCACGACCACCGGCGACUACAACACCGAGACGAUCGGGAAAUUUAAAUAGACCGAGCGCGCCGACAGUUCCCAGAGUGACGAACGGACGAACAAAUAACCGAGCGACUCCUCCAGUAUCCACAAGAAAUCGACCAAGUAAUACAGGUCUGUUUCCUCCACGUGGAUUUCUUGGUAGAAAGCAAGAAUCAGCCACUGAAGAGCCAAAUGAAGAACACGACAGCGAGGAUGACGCAGGUUUCGAAGACGAACAACCCGUUGAAGAGAUAUCAGAUAACGACUAUGAAGGAUCUGAACACGAAGAUAGAAAAUCGAAUGUAAAUGUGAAUCGUCGUUCUGGAAAAGCCGUUGGUUCCGUCGUACAAAUCAGACCUUUCGGAGCUAGAACAAGAAGAGUCCGUCGUCAGGCUAGUCAAUUGAGAACAUAUAGCAGUCGCUUCCAUAGACCCGUUCAAUCGUCAUCUAUAAAAGAUGAAGAGAAAUCUGAUUUACUAGACGCCGUAGCGAGUAAAGAUGACAUUGUAAAGAUAGCACCAAAACCUAGCGCUCGAUAUAAUAAUCGAGCGCGGAGUUUGACGCCAUCGCAAUCACAACAGAAGAUAUUUAAUAAUCCGGAUCAAUCGACGGAAACAACGGAGUUUGUAAAUCAGCAGAAUAAACCUAAAACCAGACCGAAUCAAUCUACUAAUGGAAAUAGAAACGGAUCUGUCAGAAUAAAACCGUCAUCGAUCUCGAGCAAUGGAAGACAAUUUACGUUAAGAGAAAAAGAUGCUGCUUCGAACAGAUCGGAUUACAAGAGACCGACUUCAAGAACGACCAGUAGAUCAACCAGUAAAACAACUCAGAACGGAAGAGUGAGACCACCGAGAUUACGAAACGGAUCUUCCAAAUCUUCAACUGGAUCUUCAAAUUCUCGAAGAGUACCACCAUCCCGCGGAUCCUCAAGAUCGACGAACGUAAGAAAUGGAAAUAGCAGAAGAGUUCCUACAAGAGGCAGAGGAUCUUACGAGGAUAUCCGUGAAUCGCCGACCGUAUAUCCGAAUUUUGAUGGCACGAUAACCGUGACGCAUUACGUACCGACGGAGGUCACGAUUCCUGUGAUAAACAACGGCGUCACAGAACAUCGUAAUAUCAUAACCCAGCAACCCAGCACCGAAGUUCUCAGACCUUCACAAUAUAGCACGGUAACAGCUGGAGACGGCAAGUCGCUUGUGGUAAUCGUCAGCGAAGUUACGGGUACCAACGUUCAAGGCCAGACCGAGGUUACACGAUUUUUGCUUCACGAGACACCCACCACACGUAUCUCGUACCCUCUUUCAAGCCUCGGUGGUCGCCGCGUCUCUCAAUCGGUUAUCGUACCCACGACGGUAUAUUCCGUGGAGAAUAUAGUUUCUACGAUACAACCGUCCUUGUCCGGGAAUGCUCCUCUCGCCAAUAUUCUUCUUUCGCAAUUACUACUGGGUCAAUUAGGUCCGAAUCCCCUGUUACAACAUCAAGCUACGCCCACCACACAAUAUAACACACGCACUACUUCCUACGUCACCACAAUAACAAAACAUCAAAGCACUGUCAUUCCCCUCACUUUCCGCGGAAAAGAGAUCUUGACGACUCUAGUCGAUUCUUCGACCGACGUUGUCACCGCGACAGAAUUCAUAACGGACACCGUUGUAGUAACUCCAACAGCCGCGAUAUCGGCGGCCAACAUAAAUUCUCUCUUGCUGUUGCUUCAACAACCGCAGCCUCAGCCGCAAAAUUCUAAUCCGUUGCUGGAUCCUCUGUUCGCGCCUCCUCCGUUUACGCAGAGCAACACUCUACCGGGUGAAGUCGAGAGAAGACAUCAGCCGGCCGAUGGCGACUACAAACACGACAUUUACGAGUAUUCCGAGGAGGAGGCCGAAGUGGAAGAAUAUCAGAAGCCAUCUAGAUCGUACGGCGGACGUGGUAAACCAAAUGACAGAAAAAAAGCCUCCGCGGCUUCCAAUAAGGUCGAAUCCAGCGUAGUGACGCUCUACGUUUCCGGCCGCAGACCCGGAGAAUUCAGCACUGUUUUAAGCACUGUAAAAGUCGGUGAUUCCGUUACUGCAUCCAGAAGACGAAGAGAUGCCUUGGAAGAAGCUAUCGAAGUCCGACCCUCCAUACCGCCAUCAUUGCACGCUGGACCGGCGGCCGUCGCCAUUUUAGCGGGAAGCGAAGAUCCCAUCGACGCACAUGCACCGACACAAAGUCUCGAGAGCGUAGUGGGUGACAAACGCAUCGCCUUUGCAGGUGAUUUCUAUGAUGAGUCGGUGCAAUAUGGAAACGUAAACGUCGAACACGAGAGAGAAGGCACCGUCAACGUAUGGUCCGCGAAUGAGGAUGACGUAAAUCUUGGGAAAAUCGACAACGAGGACGGAUCUCUUGAGAACGUGCCGAAAAAACGUGUCAGAAUUCGAGUACCUGUGGUGCGUAGCAGAAAUGCUAGACAACAUAAGCUUACGGUCGUCAGACGUAGACCUUUAACGUCUCGCACGAAGGAUCUCGCGUAUGUCACAUCUACCGAUCAUGCGCCACGAAGAAUCGUGGUAACGCGCGUCAGGACUCUCGGAUCGGACAAAUCGAUCUAUCCGACCGAAACUCCUAUCGAUUAUCAAUCUGCCAUCGGAAAACACAAAGUGACUAUAACCAGACGCAGAAAGCUUCAAUCCACGCCGAUAUUAUCAAUGUCAAUCAAGGAUAAAGUUAGAGUUACCAGGAAGAAGCUAGUUGCAGUGCGACCGAUACUACCGACGCCUACUGUUGCCAUUAUCACUACCGGAUUCUUUACCGUACCUUCCGAGUAUGAUGAAGAAUAUUCAGACGAGGAAAAUGAGGACGAAGACAUGACUGUUGAAGAGGAAGAUCAUAUUGUUGUUACGCCUAGUCUUGAAGAAACACCGAAUCUUAUUGACAAUAAGCCGGAUGAGGAAACGAAUCUUACGUCGUUGGAAGCCAGUUCAACCAUAUCCGAAGAAAGCACGUCAGACACGCCAGUGAUUAUUACCGACAAUUUCUUCUUCCCUCAAUCUGAUGACAAGAAAGAUGAAGAAUAUGAAGAUGAUUAUUUCGACAUGACUACUACUACUGAAAAUGUUGAUAAUAUUGCCAUUUUAAUAAAAGAUGAACAGCAUUCCACCACCGAAGUGAUUUCUAUAAAGGACGAAAAUAAUGUCGUGUCUAAUAAAAACGACGUUGAGACAAUACAUGAUAAUAUUACAACAUCAAUCAGUCAAAUCACGUCAGAAAAACCAUCCGAGGAUCAAUCAAUAAAGAUGAUUCAAGAAUCCGAUAACGCAUUGAUUAAUAUAACAGAAUUGAUCGAUGGUUCUUUAGAAAAUAGCAAUAUUACCACAAAAGAAUCUAAAAUUGCCAUAUUGAAUGAAGAUGUACCAGCUACUGAAUUUAUUCCUAUAGAAAAAGAUAAUGACGAUAACUUUGCAACGAAAGAGUACACGACAACUGCCAGUCCUGAAGAGCAAACUACCUUCAUGGAUGAUGUCACUGCAUUAAACACGCCUGAAUUCACCGAAUCUACAAGCCUUUCCGAUGAAGAAGAUGCUACGAGAAUACCUAACACAACAGAAGAAUAUAUCUCAUCCAUCACCGAGGUGAUAACGCUCGGUACGAAAGAAGAGAAUCAAGAAUCUUCCGAAGCUACCGAGCGCGGCAUGAUGCCGGAAACGAUCAGCGAAAUUCCGGAAGAAUUACUAACAGUACUGCCCAUACGACCGGACGUUAAAAUCGACUCUAAUUCAACUCAGAUUUCUCUAGUCGAAACCGCCCCUUUAUCCAAUGCCACACUCGCGUCGAGCUUUGAGAGUGUUAUACCACUCGCGACUACGAAAUUACCGUCGAAUUAUCCCGCCGAUUCGUACAUACCCAGCGUGAUACCCCUCGGCGCGAAUUACACUCGCGAGACAAAAUCGUCGGUCCGCGGAACCUCCGUACUUGACACAAUUCCCGUAACGAAAGUCACGACCAAGAUCGCUUCGCCCACGCCGGAGGAGAUCGAGGCCGGACUAACAGAUGAUCUUUACCUGUCGCUGUCCCGUCUCGAUUUCCCCGAGAUCUUGCCGUCAAAACCAGCCACGAUCGGCUUAGAGACCAGAUUUACGCCGGAUCUCAUGUUAGAGCCAAGCACGAGUGUUUAUUAUACGGAGACGGUAGUGACGUCGACGCGACUAAGGACGUACACAUACGUGGUGACACAACAAAACGGACUGGAUACUAAAGUGACAUCGUCGACGACUGUACGACCGAGAGUGACGACACUUACGCUGACGGUGCCCGUCACGGUGACUAUCACUCCUACCGUGGAGUCGUCAGCCGACUUCGUAUCGUCUGUGUAUAAUCCAGUACCCGUUGCCGGAGAAUAUGAGGCGAAGGACGAGGAGGAGGGACGCAGGUUCAAUCUAGCGACCCGUGUAAUGUCGAAUGGCGUGGAAGUCAUCGUCGCGGGGCCUACUCCGGCUCUGCGAUGGGAGAACUCGAAUCCUCAACCUACCCUCACCUUGUCAGACGCGGUGGUCAUGCUCCUGCCGCAGGAUAAACCGAACGAGUUUGUCACAAAGACUUGCACAACAACUUUCACGUAUCUCAGCACGAUCACCAAGGAUGGAACGACUACCGUCACUACAGAGCAGCAGGUUGUAGCGAACACGGCGACGGAAGAACGACAUAGAAAAUCUGGCUCCGAAACGGCAGCUGUGACUCUGGAAGCGUCCCCGACUCUACGUACCGAAGUAUUUAAAACGACUUACACGUAUCUGACCUUGAACACGGAUCAUCCGGAUGUGAAUGACGCUUUGGAAAGUAGCACGAAAGUUAUAACAAACACGGUUACCGCACCGCAGCAUUACCUAGACAUGAUUCUCGAGCCAUCAGAAGCUCCGCGACCGGAAACAAAUACAUAUCUCAGCACCAGAAUGUUGGAAAAAACAUUUAUGGAAGAAGGUCGUACGAAAAUAGAAACGAUCAGCGACACGAUUACCCAGCUAAUUGUAACAGAAUCAGCACCUCCGCCACGACCGACCAGUGUCACAACUACCUUGACUGCCUUGGAUAAUACUGACGGUAGCGUGACAGAUACAACAAAGACAUAUUACAUCACGUAUACAUAUUUCAGUACAUUCUUGGAAAAGGGUAGCACGGUAGUUCGUACGAACGUAGCCACGUCGACUGAUGUGGUAUUAGAGAAAGUGCCAGUGCGAAAAACCACCAUGAAAACCAUUCCGAUUAAUCUUACGCAGGAACCUAUACAGAUAUUUGCUACUAAAACAUAUCUUACAACCUUCACUUAUUUUACGACGUUACUGCAGGCUGGCCCAGAUGGAGAAACGUCGACCACCGUGACGUCUCGCUCACAUAUCGUUGAAAACGUCGUAACGGAAUCGAUAGCGCCGAGUUUAUUAGAUGCCGACUACAUGAAUGCUCUAUUGACGACUGCACACCAUUCCGAUUCGGUGAAAAAUGUUGUCACGGGCUCGACGAUUAUCUUUUUCGACGAAGAAGAUCAGAUCAAUCCGACAGCGACCUCAAAUCUCCCGGAAUCAACCUCUUUCACGGAAAUAAAAAAACACGAGAAGAAUGUCACGAGCACGACAACUAUGAUGUCGAUGAAUACGGUGUCACAGAACAUUAGUUCUGAUGCAAAACCAAUAGAUUUAAAUAAUAAACAAGAUAAUAAUGGCACGCUAUCAACUGACGAGCCACAAAACAAACGUCCCAAUUCUCAAUCCGGAGAAGAUCUUCAAGUCAGUAAUCUUCUCAGUCUGGGUUCUUUAGGAAUAAACAGCUUGUCUGCCUUGGGACCGGUGAUUACGGCAAUGGCUGGAUUGCUGCAGGGGAAAAGCACUGCCUCUCGUAGAAACGAUACCGUAUCUAUCGCCGAAACUCAAGAAGUCACAACACAACGAUCGCCGAUUUACAUUCCCGUUGCAGAAUUUGCUGACGGUGAUAUAGAAACCGCUGAAAGUCAACACAUCGCUGCUCAUCUGGCAAAUCUCAAUCACAAUUAUAUCGCCGAAACGCGUCACAAGGUAACCAGCAGUCUCGCCGACGGCAUACCGAUAUCUCCGGGCGAAAUAAUCACGGCAAACAGCGAUGUUAUCAUAGGAAAACCGGGCAAAAUGGCACCGAGAUUGCCGCAGACGUUUUUGAAAGACGAAAAGCAUAUUGGCAUGAAACCUCCGCCUUUACCGGUACCGAAUAUUCCGGUGCAUCCUGUGUUAGAAGUCCUGGAGAACGAUCGCGACAAUGUACAAACUCAACAAACCGCGCAAGGUCCGCAAGUGCAGAUCUUGCCGGCCCAUCAGAUUUACGAGGAACAUUUGAAAGUGCCGAUUUCAAUUCCUCUUGAUAAUCCGAAUCAUUCAACAGUUUCUAAACAAUCUCAAAAACUGCUUCCCGUUCAAUCGAUACCGUCAAAAAGAAUUGUCUCGAAGCAAGAUAUCUUGGAAAACGAUCCUUUGCUGAAGCCGCCCGAUAGACCGAAUGUGGAGCAAUACGCAAAUCCCAAUGUAAAUCUUAAAAUUCCGGAAUGGAAUCCGGAGAAAUAUAGAAGACCUUGGAGUGCCAAAGAUCCUUUAACACCGCCUUUAUCACCUGCGAGAUUUGACGAGAUUCAUCCGGAUAAACCGAUUGAGAAACCUCGUCCGACUAUGUUGCCUUCAGAAGAACAGAAACGACCGCCGUGGGCACAAAAAGAUCCUUUAUUACCGGAUACUUCUAUUAUCAUACAGAGCUCAGAAUCAAAGCCGAUACCAACCGAGCCGAUAGUUCAUCAAGUCCCGCAUGUCAUUGAUAGAUCGACGGGGCAGCCUCUAUUGGUCAAUAUUCAACCCAGUCAAGUAGCUAACGUCGUGAUUCCUCAGGGUGGCACGCAAGCUCUGAUUUUUGGAGACACCAAUGAACCUCAUAUAAGUGGUCAAUAUUUUGACGAUCCUUCACCUUAUCCGGAACCUGAAGCUGGGCCAGGUUUCGUCGGUAUUCAGAAGGUCGAGGACUUAGUGCAAUAUUCAAGCGAGAAAGAUCCAGCAGAUUACAUGGUUCCUCCGUCACCACCUGCUAGUUUCAAACCUGCUUCUUCGAAACCAGGUUUCUCCAAUCAUCCGCACGCUAUCCUGUUGUCGCCUGGGCGCGGAAGACCGCAAGAAGUGCCAGAAACGCCUAUAAUACGACCCGAUAAAAGACCGUCGGAAGUACACUUUAUUAAACGUCCUGAGGGAUCCGGAACUACCAGUCAAGGCCACGUUCAUAGAGAAAUUCUUGUACAUCACAAACCAGAGACAGUAAACAUUCGACCGCAAUCCGCUCCUCAUUCAUCUAUUCAUUCUCAUACGCAUUCCGUCCAUCAAACGCCAAUGCGUGGUCAUUUCUCGAAUAAUCAGAAUCCGCCAGAGCAAGUUCCACCGAGACGCGCAGAGGUCUCGACCGAAGUACCACAUCGCUAUAUAUUCCUUGGAAAACCAGAUUCUGGAAACGAGAUAGCGUUAGGCGCCAACUGGAAAUCCGAUAAAAAGCCAAUUAGAUUUGCGUUAAACAAUCGACCGAGACCGCGACCGAUAUUAAGACCGACGACUAACCGUCCUUUAGACAGGCAUGUCUUUGUAGAACGACCGACUGGUGGAUAUCCUGCGAUCAGAAAACCAACGUACCCUGGACCGCAGAGACCUCCGGUAAACACGCAGCAUACUUUUGCAUUACCACAUCGUCCAUCGAUGAAUUCUCAGUCGUAUCAGGAAUCUACACGUAUACCGUCUAAACCGUUUACUCUUCAGAGCGAAAAUCAAAAUAGACCGUCGCAUAUUUAUUCAGAUAAAGUACAUAAUAUCGCAACGUCCAAUUCGCCAACUGAACAGAAUGACAAUGUGCCUACUGGGGCGAUAGAAUAUCAUAAUCCUUUACAUCCAAGUUCGAUACUGGAAGAUAACAAACAUUCUCAAACAUCUACUACGAAAAUGCCAGAAGAUCAUUCUGAAAAAUGGCAAAUUGGAGAGACUGUGCUAUUGAAUACUGAUUCUGACAUCGGUGCCUCGGAAUAUAUUAAUUAUCCGAACCAUUACCAUGUAAAAGGAAACAAGAGCCAGGAAAAUGACAAUCAAAAUAAAAAAGAUACGAUAGAUUUCACGUAUUCUCAAAAUAUCAAUAAAACCUUGAAAUCACAAGCUCCGUACGGAACAGUCGUUUCCAUCAAUACGGUCAUGAAUAAACCGCUGGAAAUUGAGCAAGAGCACGGCAUAAUUUAUAAACAUGAAAUAAAGCCAUUAUUGCAGGGACCAUACGGUACCAAUAUCUACAACACGAGACCUUACGAAUCACCUAUAGUACAAGGAAAGCCUUUCGGCGUUUAUAAUAGUUACACAGUAGACCAGGCCACUCCUUACGGUUACAAACGAAAAGAAAAUAAGCCCGAUUACGAAAUAGUUCACGGCAUACCCGCACCUCAUAAUGAGAAUAUAAAAUCGGUUAAGAAGACGCAAGACGGACAAGUCACGACGCUAAAUUCGCUCGAACGCGACGAUACUAUCGAUCUGAAACCACCAGCAAUUAUAUCUCAAUUCGGCGCGGAAGUAGACAGACCAGGCAGACCGUACUCCAGACCGAUUAAAUCUGAUUCAAGACCCGUUAUGUACUUUAAACCGGAAAUAUUAACGAAACCUCCGAUUAAAUUGGAAGUCAGACCUGAUUAUGCUACAAAACGUCCGGAAAAUGUCAAACCAAACGCCGCGAAUACUUUUAUCAAUCAGACAUUAAAUUACGGAAUAAAAUUGAAUCACGAACACCAGAAUUGGAACGUAGAUGUAGCGAUCCCGAAUAUUGUAAAAUCUCAACAAAAAAUAUCAACGGGGCAUAAUUCCCGAAUUUCUGAGAUUAACGUGAAAAUAGCUGAGAAUAAAAAUGCCACUACAUCUCGUCCGAUUACGAAUGGGAAUAAACGUCGACCGGAAUACGGAACGUAUACAAGAAUACACCCGGAAUAUCCUCAUAUUCUGACAAAACCGAAACCUCAAGUGCCGCAACCGGUAAUCAUCUCGAGCGAUAAUGCGGGACUGGAAACGCACGAUCGUCCGAACAUCAAGUUCUCCAUGUCAGUCGAGGCUACCGGCGAGGAAGUGGACCGCAAGACGCAAACCGAAAGACCGCCAAGUAUGCUCGUCACGAAGAACAAUAUGUCGCAUAACAAGAAAAACGAUGAAGCAAUGAACACAGCGUAUCAAACGAAUUUUGCCUCGUCGGAUUCCCAAGACAAGCGAGACGAGAUCAAGACGAGGCCGAUUAAUAACAAGGAAAUGAAUGUUCCUUCCAGAAAUAUGAUGCCACCGCCCUUGAAUGUACCAGCCGGAUCAAAUAAAUCGAAUAAAAACGAGCAAGAAGGACUUAAACCUCCGCCGCCGCCAACAUCGCCGUCGAGCGAUGUACUCGGAUUGUCACCGCCACCGGUAGACAUCACUACCACUCAUAUGCCGGUAGAAGAUAGAUUCGCCUUGGUGACGACUAACGAAUCGGGUCUCAAGCCGCCGAAAUAUAUACCUCUAAAAGAAUCGACGACGGUCGCACCGCCUCCGCCUAGCACGAAUAUGGUUCCACCCAGUCCGAGGCCGUCGCUCACAAGACCUUUCCUCGUGGAACUGCUUUCGCAGGAUAUGGUACCACCGCCACCGGUAUUAACAACGACAAGGCCGCUCGAGAUCGCUACCGUACGACCAGCCGUCGCUGUUUCCGGUUCUAUACAGAUAGCGACUGCUGUUGCCACGUCUCAUAUUCCGGUGGUUCAGGAUAUUGAAUCUAAGAUACCAAUUAUUCACGGCACUGUUGAUCUUCCAGUCAUAAUCGACGUUCCCGAUAUUCUCCGAUCCGCAGAAACAUCAACAUCGACAAAACGGAUUACCGAACACGUUAGCGUUUACACCGCACGACCUUUCGAUACAAGACCCGUGUCUAGAAACUCCAUUCGAACAACAUCGACAUUGUCCACAAAUAUGAUAAUACCGACAAAGCUAAGACCGCCUCAAAUCAAUUAUAUUCAGCCGAGCAGAUCAUCGACAAUCCAUCGCGAUGUCCAUCCGACGAGAUCGCAUAUACCGAAUAUUCCUCCAAAUCCUGUUAAGCGGCCUGAGCAUCCAGUAUUCUUGGAAUCUAGUUACGAAAGCAUCUUACCAUCGACGAGGGUGGAACCCACCGAGUCUUUAACAUUCAUUGUCGGUACGGAUCAAAAGAAACAACAACAUUCGACCGUAUCGGACAUCAAGACAAAAAAACCGCAUGUAACCGAAUAUAGCGUAGUCAAUAGAACAGCGAACGAAGAAUCAUCGAUAAUCGUUACCAGGAUUGAUAGUUCGAUCACUAAAGUAACCAGUACAUUGAUACCAAUGCCAAACAAUAAGACGCGUUCCGAAACAAGCAAUUUAGCUACACAAUUCACAAAGAACAUUGAGAAAACUACAACUAGUGUCAUCGCCAAAGAAGAGUCCAAUGCGACUAUACGUAUGAAACCAAAAGAGGUGACACGCUACAAGACAUCGACGGUAACGAGAACUAAGACAUCGGUACUGGGUUCGCCGCCAACAACGAGAACGCUUCUACUCACGCACACGAUGACCACGACGACUGUGGAGACAGUGACAGAAACAUUGCUGCGUCCGACAAACGUUGUGUCUACGGUAACUUCUACGAUCUUACAACCGAUCGUUACAAGAGUACCUUCAUCUUACGAUAAUGUGGAUAAUGAUUCGAUAUUUGUCGUGAUGACCGAUCAAAAACCACCCGCGCCUGGAGCGGAAGAGGUAGAAAAUCAUAUAAAUAUAUACGAACAUAUUUCGCUUGAAUUUCAGGUGGAGGCUGAAUACGGAGAGGAAGUAUCUCGCGACGAAGAGGAUCCGACAGGCAAUGAAAUUCACAGAGUACUGGCAGGAGGGAUACUCGGUGCCCCAGCGGUCCCUAUGACACCUAUCGCGAAUCAAUGUACGCCGGAAUGUAAAUCAUCCAAGUCGGAAAUUUGCGCCGAAAUAGGAGCAGAGAUGAGAUGCGUUUGUCGGCCAGGAUUUGCGAGAAUGUUUCCGGAUCGGCCUUGCAAACCGACUUACACGUACACUGUACGCGUUGGUCUGGAUCGCGUCGGUCAUGAAUUCGUGGCAUACGAAACUGCCUUGAAUGAUUCUGCAUCGGCAACUUACAAACGUUUGGCGGCACCGACGAAGGAAGCUUUAGACAGAACUUUAAUGCAGAGUGAUUUAAGAGACGUGUACAGAGGACUUAAAAUCGCCGGAUUUACUCCGGAUCCUACGAAAGUCGAAUUUCACGUGCAACUCAGCGAUAACGCUAACGAGACCAGAUUGAAGGAAGUACUACGAAAAUAUUUAAUUACAAGCAAUUACAGUUUAGGCGGCACGGAAGUUUACGCUUCAAAGAAUCUUGAUUUGAUCGAGGCGAUCGAUUUUGAUGAAUGCGUUUCUAAAGAGGAUGGUCCGCAUCAUGAUUGUUCACCUCAUGCGGCGUGUUUCAACUUACGAGGAUCCUAUCAAUGCUCUUGUAGAGAAGGUUGGGCUGACCUAUCGGAAAAUCCAGCCUAUCCCGGAAGAGUAUGCUCGCAAGCUCCAUUGGGAUGCGCUGGCUGCAACAACAAAGGUCAUUGCGUCACCAAUUCUCUCGGUCAAGAAAUGUGCGAAUGCUUCCCUUGGCACAGUGGCCAACGUUGUCAAGUUAAUCUCAAAGUUUUGUUGAUAGCUCUGGUAACAACUGGAGCGAUCUUGUUGGGUCUCCUAGCAAUUUGUCUGGGAAUUACGUGCUUCCGACACCCAGGACGCGAUCGAAAGACCAGCGACAGACGGGCGAUGAUUCCCGGAACAAGUGGCGAUACAAGUAGCGAAGGUAGCGUCGCCGACUUGGCCAUACCGCAUCAUGUGCCGCAUAUUUUACCUCCACCGCCGCAAAUGAUAGCGCCGUUGCCGCCAAAUAAGCGACCAGUUCGUAAAAUUAGCGCAAAGCCUCGUCAACCGCCCAGAAAAGCUACCAUGAUUCCCGCAACUGCCGCGAUACCAAUGAAUGACGAUCAGCGCGAUCGUUCCUUGACGGUAAUGAUACCGCGCGCUAAAUACCGAUCGGCACCGCAGUCUCCGCAAAAUUACAAGGCCGGUAUGAGUACGUUCGCCACCGAGGAACACAAACUCAUAAAUUACCUCGACAAUGGCGCGAAUUGUCCAGGAAACAGGAAACCAAGUAUAUCCAGCAUGAAGGACUGCAAGGAGGCUGAUCUGCAAGGAGCAAGAAAUCCGAUGACGCCCACGGGCGCUCUCGUUAGCGCCGGUUUUCAGGUAUCAGCGACGGUGACCCGUACUGUAGACGCCGAGUCCACCUUGGCACGCUCCUGCGGCGAAACGACUGUAGAGCCGGCGACUAAGAUGUUGAGGAGCGGGGAUCUUCAGGUUGACCUCGACUCAACUCUGGCGCGCUCGUGUGGCGAGACAACCAUCCAGGCUCCGACCAAGCUUCUCAGAUUGGAUCUAGGCGAAGCUGGUUCGACCCUGGCAAGAUCUUGCGGUGAAACGACGAUCCAGCCGCCAACGAAAGUCGCCGCCGCGCGAAGAAAUAGCGUCAAGGACACUAGGGAUAACAGGGAUGCCAGAGACAGCGCCAGCGAAGGUCACACCAUGGCUGAGCGAGAUUUAGGCAGCACACUGCGACUUCCGGCGCAGCAUCCGCCGUUAUACAGUCCAGACAGGACUAGCGAUCGGGACUCCAACUUUGAUUCGCUGUAGAUGCUCAAACGAGAACGAGUCACGAUGUGCGAGAAGAUUGAUCGCGGACAAAGCCGCUGGACGGUGUUUUCCGUAGAUUUAUUAAUCAUCAGUCGAAAUCUGCCGUUAUCGAAACUGCGAAAGAUGUAUUAUUUCGUUAUUUUUUCUAAUUUAUAUAUUGCGGUCGCUAUGCCUAAUCUUUUUUAUUUUUUUCUACAGUUACAGUAUCAUAGAUCUAUUUAUAUAAGUCUAUGUACGCUACACAUUUAAUUGUUUUAUAUUUUUGUUUACUAGUAAUAAUUUGGUAUCGUCUGAUGCCAAAAUUCGUCAAAAUUAAUGAGUUUGUCUCAUUAACGAAAUCUUUCUAAAUUACAACUUGAUCGACGAAUGCUACUGAAAUGAAGAUUCUGCGCGUAACCUUGCAAAGAUGUAAGAUAAGCGCGCGUGACUCAACCCCGUGCCAAAAUGAACCAAUGAAAUAAGGAAGCUCCUCGAAGAAGUUCCUUCUUGUCUUCCUGUGUAUGUCGUUUUCACGAGAUCGAGGAACUCGUCGCUGCAGGUGAUUGAAAUAUUUAUUUCAUCAAAUAGAAUAAAAAUGCAAUAUAUAUACAAUAAUCUGACCGAUUGGUAGACUUCAAGUCAAGCCAUUAAAAACAUCAAAUUUAUCACCGAAGCCCAUAUUUUUAUAGAAAUAUAUAUUUAAAGCCGGAGAAAAUAAUAUUUCAAUCGAUGCAGCUUAUACUGUGCGCGUGCAAGCAUAGUACAACAGUGUCAUAAAUAAUGGAUGACGCCAAGCCGUCGUGCAAAUAGCACGACGAGAAAGCUCGAUCUGUACAUUGAACACGAAAGGAGAAUAUUUUUUUAUUAUUGUUGUUAUUGUUUGUUUGUUUAGUCUAUUCUCCGACGAAACGUGUUAUGUUGCCCGGCUUCGUUACAAGGCUUUAUGUUGGAGCGAUUCAAAUUCGCGAUCGAAAAAAAGGCAUCACUCGAAUGUAAAUUAUCUAUGUCAAAUUACUAAUAUAUAUGUCGAACAUUUUUUUUAUGAUAUAUAUA